CCAACUCUUGUUUGGUUGCGGUGAGAAAGGGGACCAGAGUGGUGGUGUUGGUGUCGUAGCAGAGGUUGCCGUGCCGUUCUCCUUCUGCUACUGUUCUGAUCCUUAUCCUUCUUUUGGUGUUUGUUUUCCGGUCGCUGUCAUGGGAACUCAACAUUAGUGACCUCUUCCUCUGCAUCUGAUUUGUUUCUUGUGUUUGGCUUUGGUCCUUCUUCCACAUUCUUUUACCAAAAUGAGACUUUGGUUCCUCCUUUCUGCCGUGCACACCAUUAUGAGAUCUUGAAGUGCUCUCUGCUACUCAUCAGUUCAUCAGUCGCGUUGAUUGAGGGUUUGAAGGCCUUGUUUUGAUAAAUAUUAACAUUUUGGUUCCAUGGCUAAAGAGCACAGCGCAACAUCUAAGUUUCAUCAGAUGGAAUCAAAAAGGAGGCGCUUUGCUUGGAUUCUUUGUGUGAGCGGCCUCUGCAUUCUGUUCUACGCCAUAGGUUCUUGGCAAAGCUCCUCCGGUGUGUCCUACAAAGUCGGAUGCCGCAGCAUCUCCCCCGGUUCUGCUUCUGCCGCCGGCCUUGAUUUCCAAGCUCACCACCCGGGCGGCUUCAACCGCACCUCACUUGCUACGACGGACUUCCCAGCUUGUGACCUGAAGUACAGUGAAUACACCCCCUGCCAAGACCCGAGGAGGGCGAGAAAGUUCAAGAAGAUGAUGCUGAAGUACCGAGAGCGGCAUUGCCCCAAGAAAAAUGAGCUUCUCCACUGCUUAAUCCCUGCUCCACCAAAAUAUAAGAAUCCUUUUAGGUGGCCUCGAAGCAGAGACUACGCUUGGUAUGACAACAUUCCCCACCGGGAGCUCAGCAUCGAGAAGGCUGUCCAGAACUGGAUUCAGGUUGAGGAUGAUCGGUUUCGGUUCCCAGGUGGUGGCACGAUGUUCCCCCGCGGUGCUGAUGCUUACAUUGAUGAUAUUGAUGCUCUCGUUCCAUUGAGUAAUGGAGAUAUCAGAACAGCAUUAGACACUGGUUGCGGAGUUGCAAGCUGGGGAGCUUAUCUUCUGAAUAGGGAUAUCCUGACAAUGUCAUUUGCUCCGCGAGAUUCGCAUGAAGCACAAGUUCAAUUUGCACUGGAAAGAGGAGUUCCAGCCAUUAUAGGUGUCAUGGCGACAGAGCGUAUUCCAUACCCGGCUAGAGCUUUCGACAUGGCUCAUUGCUCGCGAUGUUUGAUUCCUUGGAACAAAUAUGAUGGACUGUAUCUAAUUGAAGUGGAUAGAGUAUUGAGGCCGGGUGGCUACUGGAUCCUCUCUGGUCCUCCAAUCCACUGGAAGAAGUACUACAAAGGAUGGGAAAGAACACAAGAUGAUCUAAGACAGGAACAAUAUGAAAUCGAGGAUGUCGCAAAGCGACUUUGCUGGAAGAAGGUGGUCGAGAAGGGUGAUCUUGCAAUCUGGCAAAAACCUAUUAACCACAUAGAAUGCGUACAAAGUUGGAAAGUUUAUAGAACACCACACAUCUGCAUAAAUGACAGUCCAGAUUCUGCUUGGUACAGGAAGAUGGAGACAUGCAUAACACCUUUGCCAGAUGUGACGAGCCCUGAAGAAGUUGCCGGUGGAGCCUUGGAAAAAUGGCCAGAAAGAGCAUUUGCUGUUCCUCCACGAAUAAGAAGUGGAUCUGUUCCGGGAAUUACAGUCCAAAAAUUCCAUGAGGACAACGACUUAUGGAAGGAGCGAUUGGAGAACUACAAGCAAAUUGUUCCACCUCUUACCAAGGGAUGGUACCGAAAUGUGAUGGACAUGAACUCAAACUUGGGGGGUUUUGCAGCUGCACUGGUGAAGUAUCCACUCUGGGUGAUGAAUGUGGUUCCUGCUGAUCCAGCAAGGGACACACUUGGUGUGAUCUAUGAGCGCGGCUUCAUCGGCACUUACCAUGAUUGGUGUGAAGCAUUCUCCACUUAUCCAAGAACUUAUGACUUGAUCCAUGCAGAUGGAGUUUUCAGCAUUUAUCAGCACAGGUGUGACAUAUCAGACAUACUGUUGGAGUUGGACAGGAUACUGAGGCCAGAAGGAACAGUGAUCCUGAGGGACACCAUGGAUGUUCUGGCGAAGGUCCAGAGCAUAACACAAAGAAUGAGGUGGAAGAGUCAGGUAAUGGAUCAUGAGAGUGGAUCCUUCAACCCAGAGAAGAUCCUUGUGGCUGUCAAGACAUACUGGACUGCUCAACUCACCCAGCAACAGUAAUUGUUGGCAGUACAUAUCCUGAAAGCUUGAAGUAUGGAAUUGUUUGGAAAUUGAAGGAACUGUAACUGUGGAAUCAAGUGUUACUAAUUGAAAUCCAAGUGAAGUGAGAAGUGUAAUUGUUAUGAGUAAUGCUGAUUUCUGUUUGGAAUGUGAUUUGUCAACUCUCAUUGAACAUUUUUCUGUAGCUUUUUUUUUAUGCUAUUCAACAAUUGACAGAAAAUUUUC